AUGAUUAUUGUCGCAUUCUUACCUGGCGUUGUCUUCAGAGAGACCACCUCUCUUGCAUCCUCGAUCGCGAGGGGACGGUUUGAAAACGGGCGACGGGGUCCUUCUGACGAGAAGCAAUUUGAAGCAUUCGAAAUUGGCCACAUGGUGUUCCUCGUGUUAGAUCACUACCAAGAUAAUCCUCUAUUUCGCGCUCCUAUCGGUGAUUUGCCCAAGCAUAUUCUAGACAUCGGAACUGGCCAAGGAAGUUGGGCAAUUGAUGUUGCCGAUAUGUAUCCGUCGGCUACCGUUCGUGGUGUUGAUCUCUUCCCCCCACCUGUGACAUGGAUGCCGCCCAACUGUAUCUUCGAAGUAGACGAUGUGCUUCGUGACUGGACAUGGAGAGAUCCGUUCGACUUUAUUCACAUACGCCUAAUGUAUGGUGCCUUCCCCCCAGAGGGAUGGGACCAGCUAUACAAACAAGCUUACGCGGCUCUUGAACCCGGAGGGUGGAUUGAACAGAUGGAAUUCGAUGUGCGAGUCCGUAGCGAUGAUAUGACCUUAAAAGAGGAGCAUCAGCUAUCGAAGUGGGGCAACAUAUUCAUUAAUUGUGCCGAACGGGCGGGACGGUCCCUCAAUAUUCACGAAACGAUGCGCAGCUCAAUAGAAAAAGCCGGAUUCGUGGAAGAGACAGGACGACUUCAGUAUGCUCACUGGAACGCCGCGUUAGAGGGCUGGGCAAUGUGGCUUCUGACCCAUUUUGGAGAGCCUGAGCCGUGGACGAAGGAGGAAGUGCAAGUGUUCUUGGCCAAAGUGCGCCAGGAGCUGAAGGAUCCGCAUAUUCAUGGGUAUAACUGGAUCAACCGCGUGUGGGCGAGGAAACCAACAGAAGAGGAACUGUUCAAGAAGAGAUAA